CCAGUCUCCAACUCUUUUGCAUGAUCUCCUCUAUAAAGCUGGAAUCGAAAGUCGAGUUGAGACACAAACAUACUGAGUUUCUUCCUUUUUUAUAAACCGUGGCAGCAGCAGGCUACACAGCAGACUGUCGUCGUCAGGAACGGGAAUUAUCAAAGGAAAACAUUUUAUCUUCCAUGGUAAAAUCAUCAGGAUCAGGAUGUUUCAAUGUUUGAAUUUGUUCGUCUUAGUUUCCCUCUCUGUGGCCGUUGAAUCCCUAACAGGCGACGUCUCAAAACCAUACAAUUUGUCAGUACUGUGGAUUAAUGAUUUUGAACAACAGCUGUCCUGGGCACCACCACAGAAUUUGCCAAACUGCACACUGAAUUAUGCAGUGACUGCCUCCCCAAAGGAUGAAACUGAGAGACAAACAAGCAUGGUGAAAGACAACCAAAAGCGAUAUCACCUUGUGAUGAAUGGAGGAUUUCUGCAUUUUUCUGUUCAGGCUCGCUGUGGUGAUGGUAGAAGAAGUGAGUGGGCUGACCACAACAUCACUUACCAAGAGCUGGUGAGGAAUGUGGACUGCAGCAUCCGCUCCUCCAGUAAAACAAACUGCUCCUGGCAACUAGCCAGUCAUGCUCCAGAUUUCAGUUUUUUCUAUCGGUUAGUAGAUGAGUCUGGAGGGAAUGAACACACACAAUUACAAGAGUGCCCAUCGUACACUUACACAGAUGGAAACAGGACUGGUUGUGAUCUGCAGAUGAAGACUAAACAUGCCAUCAUGAUGGUGUUUAAUGGAACACUGAACAACAAGCUUGUCAGGAACACCUUCAGGAUCGAUGAUGUAACAGUAAGACCUCCUCCCCUGAACUGGACAGUUGUUGAAGUUGGGGAUACAUUCAAUAUUAGCUGGAUUCCUCCUGAUGUCCGGGAUGAUUGGUGGUUCAUAAUAAAUUACACUGAGUGUGGUGAAAACAAGAGUGUAACAAUAAAAGGCAAAACAUCAUAUCAGAUGCCCCGGGUCGCACACUGUCAGUACCACAUGGCCAUUAAAGCAGUGUAUAAGGAACAUGGGACGGAAUGGAGCGACAAAAAGUAUUUUGGUGCAGAUCCUGAUGCAGUGGUGUAUGUUGUAUUUAUCCUUAUCCCACUAAUGUUUGCUGGCCUGGCGGUGCUGGCUUUUGUUUGUUGCAGGAGGAAUAAGGAAAGUAUCUUCCCCAAAGUACCAGAACCUCGGGACCUCCUCAGCGAUAUUUCUGAUAACAACAAUAAGAUCACUGUCCGCAACCUGUACGUCCCAGCAAAGGAAGAAGAGGAUUGUAAAAUCACUCUGGUGAUAGAUCCCCAACUCAGCAAAUCACACUCUUGACACAUCUCUGCAGUGGCGACAACCUGAAUCAUCAACAACUCAAAGUCUCCCAUAAUUCUUGUAGAACUUGCUCAACAAGAAUUAUGGAGACUUUAUUUUUUAACUGCUGAAUGUAGGAGAUUCUUAGAAGGAUAUUUUUUUUUACAAAAGGGCCCCUCUGCUUCUCAAAAUUAGAAAUAGAUAUUGUACCCCAUUUUUUUUAAUGACUUUGCAUAUUCAGUAGUCAUGUGCGUCAGGGGAAGUGUGAACUCAAACUUCCUCUCAACAAGACAGUGGCGGCUACUCCUUAUAUGCUCAAAAACUGAUGAUGAGAUGUACUCACUGUUAUUCACACGGUUAUGUCGGAGUAUGUUACACUGAAUUACAUGGAACUUGUCAUACGCCACCAAUCUGAAUUCAGUGUAGUCAGUUACAUUAUAUUUACCUCUGUUUAGAUCUGCACAAUAAUUCUACCAUUACCAGUUCUACAAAAAAACGUCUGUCAUUUACAUGAAUGGACAGCUCAUUGUAAUAAUUUUGUUAACAAAAUUUAAGCAUUCAUUUUGUUUUUUUCAGAGAUUGGUUAAGGGUAAAGCUUUUCCCGACCAACAAAUAAAUCCUCAUUCUCUAUCCUUUAUUGCGUACAGUUACAGCCAUUAAUGACCACAUUUUUAAAAUCAGAGCAAUAAGCAUUUUUUAAAAACUAAAUAAGCCUUACUACUGCGCUGCUGUGCUUCAGGCACAAACAGCAGAGACAUGGGCGGUCAUGGGGAGUUCGGUAAUAAUGAAUCGAGAGACAACAGUGUGAUACACUAAUGUGUCUCCAGCAGUGCUGAACAUGUACUGAAAUCUAAACCUGCCCUUUUAAACCCCAGCAUCUCAAAUGUGAGAAUUUGCAGUUUUUCUAUUUUCUAUCACUGUGAAUGUAUCUUUGGAUGUUGUACUGAUGUUCUGAAGAUCUUGGGCUCUGGAAACUUUUGUAAGAGAAAUAAGCAUCUCUGUUGCACUAAAUAAGCCCAAAUAAUUAAUCAAAAAAAUAAAUCACAUUUUAACUGAUGAUAAUAAUCAUCAGUUGCAUCUCUUGUCCCUGGAAUAUCAACAUUUGUCAACUAUAGUCUUAAUGACUUAAACUGUGAAACUGAUGAAUUGUUGUUUUUUUUGAUAGAUAAUAGAAUAAAUAGAAUAACCUGUGUGCAACUGCCACCAAGUUACAGCCUGCUAGUUCACUGUAUACAAAAAGCAAAGGUUCUGAUUAUAUACAGUAAGAUUUAAUGAAUGUGUCUCGUCAGAUGGCCAAGUAUUCAAUCAACAAAGGGAAGAUGCUUAUACAUCCUACAGACAGUUGAGGAUGAUAGAUACAUAAGAAUCACCUGCAUAACCAUAACCUUUGGUCGGCAUUCUAAUGUCAUGCCUGACAGCAAAACUGCACUGUGCCACUUGCUUUUGCUGCUCACACCAAUCCUAUUGCACUUGUAAUCCUGCUUCACUGCUAUCUGGUUCAUGGCCAGUCACCUUCUGUGGUUCAUUUUAGUGGCCACCUCUUUUAUGAAGAACACAACACAUACAAAGACAUGGCCUGAGAGGACUGCAUGUCCAUAUGGUCCAAAGAGAAUUCACUGCACCAUUGUUGCCUGAUUGCUAAAUUACUGGCCGGACAAAGGUCAGGGAAACACCUGGCACUGUUGUACAAUGGAACAAUUGAGAUUUAUAUAAACAGUUCUCGGACGGACAAACUGCCCUACAGGAUCUCACUGACUGAGGUAGACCUCAGUGAUUACAACCACAUUUUUAAUAAGUUAUAGAUUCAAGACAUCAAAAGCCAAAAAGGUUCGAAACUACUGGUUUCAUCUUUGACAAUGUGUUGUAUUUUAAAAGCUUG